AAUAACUAGACACUAAAACAUACAAUAAAAACGUAAUUCAUAACCUCUGGAUAUGUCAACUGAGACGGCGGAGAGAACUCUCCGGCAACCGUUGGUGGAUCCUACGGACUCUGAGCGAAAACCUAUGAGGGACGUGGGAUCACUCGAGAGCAUCUUAACGGACAGUAGCCUUCCGUCACGGAGGCGCUUGUACUUAGGUGCGUGCAUAGAGGGGAAACUUCUUUUCCGGUUGGCACUUCCGGCGAUAUUUGUCUAUUUGCUCAACAGCGGAAUGGGUAUCUCGACCCGCAUCUUUGCCGGACAUCUCGGUAGUCAGGAACUCGCCGCCGCGUCCAUCGGUGACAGCUGCUUCAAGCUCGUCUAUGGCCUCAUGUUAGGUAUGGGAAGUGCGGUGGAAACACUAUGUGGACAAGCGUAUGGAGCCCACCGAUAUGAGAUGCUUGGGAUUUAUCUCCAGAGAGCAACGAUCGUCCUCGCUCUGGUUGGCUUGCCCAUGACAGUAUUGUACACCUUCUCUUACCCGAUUCUAAUAUUACUUGGCGAGCCAGAAACAGUGUCGUAUAAAGCAUCUCUAUACAUCGCUGGACUUAUCCCUCAAAUAUUCGCCUUCGCCAUCAAUUUCACGGCUCAAAAAUUCCUUCAAGCCCAAAACGUGGUGACCCCCAGCGCGUACAUCUCAGCCGCGGCCCUCCUCCUCCAGAUCUCGCUGACAUGGACAACCAUUUACGUGAUGGACCUUGGUCUUAUGGGCAUUGCUUAUGUUCUUACUAUUUCUUGGUGUUUCAUAGUUAUAGCCCAGACUUUGUAUAUUAUAACAAGUCCAACGUUCGGACGCACGUGGACUGGUCUUAGCUGGAGAUCGUUCCAUGGUCUUUGGAGCUUUUUCAAACUCUCAGCUGGUUCCGCUGUUAUGAUAUGUCUGGAACUGUGGUAUUCGCAGAUUCUUGUUCUUCUUGCUGGUAUGCUCAAUGAUCGUGUUCUCUCUCUAGACUCUCUCUCCAUCUGUAUGUCAAUUUCAGGAUUCUCUUUCAUGGUCUCAAUUGGCUUCAAUGCGGCUGUAAGUGUAAGGACAAGUAAUGAGCUUGGAGCAGAACAUCCAAAGUCGGCGAUGUUCUCUUCAUGGAUGGCGACUUGUGUCUCCUUCGUGAUAUCUCUCUUGGAGGCGCUCGUCCUGAUGGCAUCUCGUGACUACGUCGGCUACAUUUUCACGUCGGAUGCUGAGGUGGCUAAGGCCGUCUCUGACCUCUGUCCUUUUCUGGCCCUUACCAUCCUUCUCAACGGAAUUCAGCCAGUCUUAUCCGGAGUGGCAGUGGGAUGCGGAUGGCAGUCAUUUGUGGCAUAUGUGAAUGUUGGUUGUUACUAUGUUGUUGGUAUUCCCGUUGGUUGUAUUCUCGGGUUUACUUUCAAUUUGCAAGCCAAGGGAAUAUGGACGGGGAUGAUUGGAGGUACGCUCAUGCAAACCCUCAUCUUACUUUACGUUACGUAUCGAACGGACUGGGAUCAAGAGGUGAAAAAGGCGAGAAAACGUUUGGAUAUGUGGGAUGAAAAGAAUCAGCCACUCCUAAGCUAAAUUGAAAAGGAUGUUUGCUAGGUACAUGAAUUGUGAAGAAUUUAUGGUUCGUUAAUUUCAACUAUAAUAAUGUAUGGAUUAACUAAUGUAUGGUGACAUGCUCCAACAACUGAAUGUUGUAAACCAUUAUCUUUUGAUCUUGUCAGGUUUUCAUUUACCAGCGCAAAAUUCAUUAACUAAGGCUAAAGUUAUAUUAAGAAACGUUG